AUGAGAGGCGCUCAAGGCGCCUGGGAUUUUCUCUGCGUCCUGCUCCUCCUGCUCCGCGUCCAGACAGGCUCUUCUCAACCAUCUGUGAGUCCAGAAGAUCUGUCUCCACCAUCCAUCCAUCCAGCAAAAUCACAGUUAAUAGUCAGUGUGGGUGACGAGAUUAGGCUGCUAUGCACAGAUCCAGGUUUUGUCAAGUGGACUUUUGAGAUCCUGGGUCAAGUGAGUGAGAGUAAGCGCAAUGAAUGGGUCACGGAAAAAGCAGUUGCCACCAACACAGGCAAAUACACGUGCAUCAAUGAAGGCGGCUUAAGCAGUUCCAUUUAUGUAUUCGUUAGAGAUCCUAACAAGCUUUUCCUGGUGAACCAGCUACUGUACGGGAAAGAAGGCAAUGAUGCGUUGGUCCGCUGUCCUCUGACAGACCCGGAGGUGUCCAAUUACUCCCUUAAGGGUUGUGAGGGAAAACCGUUUCCCAAGGACCUGGUGUUCAUCUCUGACCCUAAGGCCGGUAUCAUUAUCAGAAAUGUGAAGCGCACCUAUCAUCAGCUUUGUGUGCACUGCUCUGCGGACCGGGAGGGCAAGUCGGUGCUGUCAGAAAAGUUCAUCCUGAAAGUGAGGGCAGCCAUCAAAGCUGUACCAAAUGUCUCUGUGUCCAAAGCACACUAUCUUCUCAGGGAGGGGGAAGAAUUUGCUGUGACGUGCACAAUCAAAGAUGAGACUAGUUCUGUGCUAUCAUUGUGGAUAAGGGAAAAUAGUCAGGUGAAGGUGGAAAGUAAGAGCCGGCACACGGGUGACUUCUCUUAUGAACGCCGGGAAACGUUGACUAUCAGCUCCACAAGAGUUAAUGAUUCUGGAGUGUUCAUGUGUUAUGCCAAUAAUACUUUUGGAUCAGCAAAUGUCACAACAACCUUGAAAGUAGUAGAUAAAGGAUUCAUUAAUAUCUCUCCCAUGAUGAAUACUACAAUAUUUAUAAAUGAUGGAGAAAAUUUAGAUUUAAUUGUGGAAUAUGAAGCGUACCCCAAACCUGAGCACCAACAGUGGAUAUAUAUGAACAGAACCUCCACUGAUAAAUGGGAGGAUUACCCCAAGUCUGAGAAUGAAAGCAAUAUCAGAUACGUAAGUGAACUUCAUCUAACCAGAUUAAAAGGGACCGAAGGAGGCAUUUACACAUUUCUCGUGUCCAAUUCUGAUGCCAACUCUUCCAUAACAUUUAAUGUUUACGUGAAUACAAAACCAGAAAUCCUGACUUCUGACAGGCUCGUGAAUGGCAAGCUCCAAUGUGUGGCAGCGGGAUUCCCAGAGCCCACAAUAGAGUGGUAUUUUUGUCCAGGAACUGAGCAGAGAUGUUCUGCUCCUAUUGUGCCAGUGGAUGUGCAGAUACAAAACUCAUCUGUGUCACCGUUUGGAAGACUAGUGGUUCAAAGUUCCAUAGAUUCCAGUGCAUUCAGGCACAAUGGCACGUUUGAGUGUAAGGCUUACAACGAUGUGGGCAAGAAUUCUGCCUUUUUUAACUUUGCAUUUAAAGGUAACAACAAAGAACAAAUCCAGUCCCACACUCUGUUCACACCUUUGCUGAUUGGCUUUGUGAUUGCAGCUGGUAUGAUGUGCAUCAUUGUGAUGAUUCUCACCUACAAGUAUUUACAGAAACCCAUGUAUGAAGUGCAGUGGAAGGUUGUUGAGGAAAUAAAUGGAAACAAUUAUGUUUACAUAGACCCAACUCAACUUCCUUAUGAUCACAAAUGGGAGUUUCCCAGAAACAGGCUGAGUUUUGGGAAAACCUUGGGGGCCGGAGCUUUUGGGAAAGUUGUUGAGGCUACUGCAUAUGGCUUAAUUAAAUCAGAUGCGGCGAUGACGGUGGCUGUGAAAAUGCUCAAACCAAGUGCCCACUUAACUGAACGAGAAGCCCUAAUGUCUGAACUCAAAGUCCUGAGUUACCUUGGUAAUCAUAUGAACAUUGUGAAUCUUCUUGGAGCAUGCACCAUUGGAGGGCCAACCCUGGUCAUUACAGAAUAUUGUUGCUAUGGUGAUCUUUUGAAUUUUUUGAGACGAAAACGUGAUUCAUUUAUUUGCGCCAAGCAGGAAGAUCACGCAGAAGCAGCACUUUAUAAGAAUCUUCUGCAUUCAAAGGAGUCUUCGUCGUGUGAUAGUACUAAUGAGUACAUGGACAUGAAGCCUGGAGUUUCCUACGUUGUCCCGACCAAAGCAGACAAAAGGAGAUCUGCAAGAAUAGGCUCAUACAUAGAACGGGAUGUGACUCCCGCCAUUAUGGAGGAUGAUGAGUUGGCUCUGGAUCUUGAAGACCUGCUGAGCUUUUCCUACCAGGUGGCAAAGGGCAUGGCCUUCCUUGCCUCGAAGAACUGCAUUCAUAGAGACUUGGCAGCCAGAAAUAUCCUUCUUACUCAUGGCCGAAUCACAAAAAUUUGUGAUUUUGGUCUAGCCAGAGACAUCAAGAAUGAUUCUAAUUACGUGGUCAAAGGAAACGCUCGGCUACCUGUGAAGUGGAUGGCCCCUGAAAGCAUUUUCAACUGUGUGUACACAUUUGAAAGUGAUGUCUGGUCCUAUGGGAUUUUCCUGUGGGAGCUGUUCUCUUUAGGAAGCAGCCCAUACCCUGGAAUGCCAGUUGAUUCUAAGUUCUACAAGAUGAUCAAGGAAGGUUUCCGGAUGUUCAGCCCUGAGCACGCACCUGCUGAAAUGUAUGACAUCAUGAAGACUUGCUGGGAUGCUGAUCCCCUAAAAAGGCCAACCUUCAAGCAGAUGGUUCAGCUCAUUGAAAAGCAGAUUUCAGAGAGUACCAGUCAUAUUUACUCCAAUUUUGCAAACCCCAGCCCCAUCCCCGUGGAUCACUCGGUGCGAAUCAACUCCGUCGGCAGCAGCGCUUCUUCUACCCAGCCUCUGCUUGUGCACGAAGACAUCUGA